ACAUUGUUUAUCAGACUGAAAUCUAGGUUAGAGUAGCUGAUGAUGCAAAUUUCAAAAUUUGUAACGUUAUCUGUAGAUAAGUUUAACAGUUGUUUAACAGUUUGUUGAUAAAACUUACGGUACAUUUUAUUUAAUACAGCUAAAGGGAACAUACUACUGUCAGUUUUGAAUGCCUGGUACUCGAAUAUGAUUGAGCUAACUCUGUACGAGGAAAUUAUUGUAAACUUUUAAUAAAAUUCCGGCCACGUGAUUUUUGUUUGACAGUCUGGUUUACUUUCUUUAUGCGUCUUUUUUGGAAUUUUGUUCUUUGAAGUGUCAUAAUUUUACGAACAUUUUUGAAACGAGACUUAUUUUUACUCGGAAUUGUCUACGAGAUUGUAUUAUUUAAAAAUGACAAAAAGGUUACAAUCACCUUGGGUUCCACCGCAAAGAAAGAACCCUGUGGUUCUUAAAUUGUAUAAUAGUUUAACAAGAGACAAAGAAGUAUUUGUUCCUCAAUUUGGAAAUCGUAUAUUGUGGUACAGUUGUGGACCCACUGUGUACGAUGCAUCACAUAUGGGACAUGCCAGAUCAUAUAUAUCUUUUGAUAUAUUAAGGCGUAUUUUGUCUGAUUAUUUUGGAUAUAAUAUUUUAUAUGUAAUGAAUAUUACCGAUAUAGAUGAUAAGAUUAUAAAGAGAGCUAGGCAAAACUAUUUGUAUGAGAAAUAUGUAGAAGAGAUUCGUAGUCUAGAUGAAACUCUGGAUGAUGCAAAAAGUGUGAUGUCUACCUUUGAAGAAACAGUAAAGACUACGAACGACUUGGACAAGAAAUGUAUGCUACAAAAAAUGUUGAGUAAUGUAGAACAGGCAAUUGGAAAUCUUGAAAAUUCAGUGAAACUUAAAGAUGAAGUUAAAAUUAAAGAAUCCCAAGAAUUGCUAUUAAAAGAAGCACGAGAUCCUUUGGCAGAUUGGUUAGACAAGAAGAAGGGAAGUACGGUCACGGAACACUCGAUAUUUAAUAAACUGUCACAACAUUGGGAGUUAGAGUUCCAUAAAGAUAUGGAUGCUUUAAAUGUAUUAAGGCCAAAUGUUUUGACAAGGGUUAGCGAAUAUGUUCCUGAGAUAGUAGCAUUCAUUCAAAAAAUUAUAGAAAAUGGACUUGCAUAUGAGAGCAACGGUUCAGUAUACUUUGAUGUUGCUACCUUUGAUAAGCAAGACAAACAUUAUUAUGCUAAACUUGUUCCUGAAGCAUACGGCGAUAUGUCAAGUUUACAAGAAGGAGAAGGAGACUUGAGUACCUCUGAGACAUCUGAAAAGAGGUCAUCAACGGAUUUUGCGCUGUGGAAACAUUCGAAAGAGGGAGAGCCAUGGUGGGAAAGUCCUUGGGGUAAUGGACGACCUGGUUGGCAUAUAGAGUGUUCGGUUAUGGCAUCUAUAAUUUGUGGAGAAAGUUUAGAUAUUCACACUGGAGGAGUAGAUUUAAAGUUUCCACAUCAUGAUAAUGAAUUAGCUCAAUCAGAAGCAUACUUUAAUAAUUCUAAUUGGGUUAGAUAUUUUCUGCAUUCCGGUCAUCUGACCAUAGCAGGCUGCAAAAUGUCAAAAUCAUUGAAAAAUUUCAUUACUAUACAAGAUGCGCUGAAAAAACAUUCAGCAAGACAGCUUAGGCUUGCAUUUCUUUUGCAUUCGUGGAAGGAUACAUUAGAUUAUAGUGAAAAUACCAUGAGUAUGGCUGUUCAAUAUGAAAAGUUUUUAAAUGAAUUCUUUUUAAACGUAAAAUGUAAAAUUAGAUCUUUGGGUACAGAAACAAAUAUCGAUACCUUUACUAAAUGGAGAAAUUCCGAAAUGGAAUUAAAUACAAAGUUCUGUAAUGCUAAGGACUCUGUACACAAUGCAUUAUGCGAUAAUAUCGAUACAAGAAGUGCUCUUGAUGCAAUUCGCGAUCUUGUGACGCACUGUAACAUUUAUAUGAACCAAAGUAAACAACCAAACACAUUAUUACUCAGAGAUGUUGCAGUUUACAUUACGAAAAUGUUUACUAUAUUUGGUGCAAUAUCAUCUUCGCAUGAUACCAUUGGUUUUCCAAUAGAUGAUAAGAUUGCAAAUGCGAAUGUUGAAGAUAUCGUUAUGCCGUAUCUUGAGAUUUUGGCAAAUUUCCGACAAAAAGUAAGAGAUCAAGCUAAGACACUGAAAGCCAGCAGUAUUCUCGAGGAAUGUGAUAAAUUACGCGACGACAUUUUACCAAAUAUUGGAGUGCGGUUGGAGGAUACUACCGAAGAAUCCUGCAAAGUUAAACUAGUGAACAAAGAAGAAGUUUUAAAGGAAAAAGAAUGCAAACAGAAACUUGAACUCGAAAAGUCGCUGGAGAAAGAAAAGCGGAAGGCGGAAGCCACAGCGGCAGCUGCAGCGAAAGAAGAACAAAGAAAAAUUCCUCCCACCGAGAUGUUUAAACUAGAGAAGGAUAAAUAUUCUCAAUUCGAUAGCAAUGGUAUACCGACGCACGAUGUUGAUGGUAAAGAGAUUAGCAAGGGACAAAUGAAGAAGCUGCAAAAACUGCAACAAGCACAACAAAAAAGAUACAACGAAUACGUUACUUCCCUGGAAAUCGGCACAUAACAUGUUUCUCUAACAUAGUAUUAAUUUCGCGCAUUAAAAUGUACUCGGCCAGGAAAAUGAUCGUUUUCGCGCGCUACGAAUAUUUAUUUUCACUUGAUUUUCGCAAUCAUUAUACCGCUUAUUAAUUUAUUAUAUUUUUCUAAAAUGAAGCAGAUAACAAUUAUAGCUACUGUAUUUAUACAUUUGUAACGUUGAUUGCACUAUUGUAUUCAUUUAAACAAGAACGAAUAAAUUUAAUUGCAAUACAA